GGCGGAGUUUUACCCAUUACGGCCGUAAACGUCGUCGUUAAAGAAGAAGUCGAUUCAGGAAGCCAUUACGUUGCGCAAUUUAGUCAAGAAAAACUUACUAUUUUUACGUAUUCUACGCACUUUUAAAAAUACUUUCCUUAAGUCCCAUUCAAAAUAUUAUGGCAUCGCAGGCAAAGAAGAGAAAAAUGAAUUUCUCUGAAAGGGAGGUGGAAAUCAUCGUGGAGGAGAUGGAAAAGCAAAAGCACAUUUUGGUGAACCACUUCAACGCUGGCGUCACUCACAUCGCCAAAAAUAACGCCUGGAUGGAGAUUCUGAAGCGCGUGAACGCUGUGACCAACUGCCAGCGCGAGCUCGCCGAGGUGAAGAAAAAAUGGUCCGAUUUGAAAACCGAGGUUCGUCGCAAAGUGGCGCAGGCUCGCGCAGCGAUAGAGGACACAGGGGACUGCACCACGGUACCGGUUAUUCUUACUGCCAUGCAGCAGCGCAUCUGUAACCUGCUGGGGGAGGCCACCAUCAUCAGCCUGCCUGCUGGAGAAUCGGGAGAGCCGAGUGCGGAGAUUGCGGUGCCGGUACCCAUUAGCACAGCCAAUACUACCGUUACACUAACGCAGACAGGUAUUCAGCCGACACCUGGUACUGCCUGCGAAAUGAAAACGCUAGAAGCUGAGACCACAUACCACACUCUGGAGGAGGGCAUGGUAGAGUACUGCACAACAGAAACACCCGUCACUGUUACGACUGAAGCCCCUGUGGAGGUUUUAGCAGCGCAGGCUGAGUGCUCAGUAAAGCCACAGGAGCUGAAGAGCCGUAUUGCGCUGAACUCUGCCAAGCUGUUGCAGGAGCAGCGUGUCACCAACCUGCAUGUGCGUGAAAUCGCCCAGCACUUGGAGAACCAGAACGACCUGCUGCAGAUGAUCCGCCGCUCACAGGAGGCACAGGCCUGUGCCCAGGAGAGACAAGCACAAGCCCUCGAAGGUACACAGGCUACCCUUCUUGCUCUCAUCCAGAUGUUCAAGCCAGCUCUGAAGGACUUGAGAAAGUUCCUGCAAAAUGCUAACACCGCUAAUGUAACAGGAGGCGUUGAGGCUGGCGAGGGGGUGGUGAACAUGCCACAGCAGGUGGAAGAUGGACAGUAGACUGGCAUGUGUUGUAUUCUCAGGAGAAUGAGUUUUGUGUGUGUGUAUGUGUGUGUGUGUGUGUGUGUGUGUGUGUGUGUGUGUGUGUUGAAAUAUCCUUGAUAUUGUCCUAUAUUCUACUUUCCAUGAGAGUAUUCUGUAUAUCAGUGGUUCUCAAAGGGGGGUCCUGGAACCAUUGCCAGGCGGCCCAUGGUUUUUUUUGGUUUUUUUUUUUUUUUGUUACAGUGGUAGAAAUACAAUCCACAUUUAUUAUUGAGCUUCUAUAGUUGUUAGCCUUUUGACUGGUCACAUGAAUUAAAUGGGUUUAAUUCAAACCUUAAUAACUAAAUGUUGAUGAAAUAAAUAUGUACUGAGGUGGUCCAUGAAAUGUAUUUUACAGUUUAAGAGGUCCCUGGCUCCAAAAAGCUUGAGAACCACUGCUGUAUAUUACAUGAAUGGAGACUUUAUGAAUGAUGACAAUAUACUUUCUUUAUACCAUUUUCUUCUUUUUCCAACUACAUUUUAAUUUAAAACCUCUCAUCAUUUCUGAAUUAAUUUUGCAUGUAAGAAUGAGCUUCCACUAAAUCAGCAGGGCCUCUGACAUUACAGGUCAAUAAACAAGACAAAUAUAAAGCUAUUGUCAACUCAUUUUCAUAAUUAAGGUCUUACUGAUUUCACCUGGCUGAUUUGAGUUGGACAGGACUAUAUUUGGUACAAGUGAUGUCAAAACAACCUGAGUACAAAGCAGAAUUAGCCAUCUGCUUACAUCAGUUCCCUUUUACUCCAACCACAGAAAAUGGACUGACUUCUGUUUGUACACUCAGGCUCUUUUUGCCUGAGUAUGACCAAAGCUGCCUGUAGUUAGAAUUUUCACCAUUUUAUAUGCACUAUUUUACUGUAGUUCUAUGUAUAUAGUAAUGGUGAGAGGUUCAGCUGUUUUUUUAAAUGGUGAAAGCAAUGAAAAUUGGCAGAAUGCUGCACUACGAGUAUGAUAAUCAUGAGCUACCUAGUACUGUAAAAAGGUAGAUAAGCUGUAUUUUUAUCUAAUGAACAAGUUUUUAAUAAUACUCUUUUACUGUCACGAUGUGACAUUGAUAGGCCAAGACCACAGUUUCCAGCAAUGUUUUUGUGUUUGUAUAAUAAAAUCUUACAAAGUUAUAAACAGAAAAAUACGAUAAAUCUAAUCUGAUUUUUUAGUAAAACCCAUGGACACCUAAACACCACUCACCGCCAUGUAAUAGUGUACAGUGCCAUGCUUAAAUAUUCAGCCCCUUGAACCUCUAUACAUUUUGUAGUAUUACAACCUGGAACUGAAAUGGACUUAAUUGGGAUUGUUACCAAUUGAUUAACACAAUAUCCUGUGUUCAUUCCUGAGUUUGUAUUGGCCUUUUAUGUUCUCCCCAGGUUUGUAUGGGCUUCCUCCGUGUUUUUCGGUUUCCUCUCACUGUCCAAAACCAUGCGGGUAGGUGUGCUGGCUCUGCUAAAUUGCCCAUAUGUGUGAGUGUGUGUGCAUAUGUUGCUCUGCCUUGGGCCCGUUGUUCCUUAGAUUGGCUUCUGAGCCACCCCUAUCCUGACCAGGAUAAAGCACUUACUGAAGAUAAAUGAAUGAAAACUGAACAAUAAAGUAAACACAUUUUUUAACGAUAGUACUAGUUCUCUAUAGUUUGUUUGGAGCUGCUAGAGCAGAUAUAUUCAAAUUAUUCAAAUUAAGUAAAACAAAACUACAGUCUUAUAAUACAGCAAAACGUUGGGUGGUGGUACACACAGUGAACAGUAAGUAUGUAUAUGGACAUAGAAAAUAUUUCAUAUUUGUUACAUGUAUAGUCAUAAGAUCAAAACAUAUAUGACCAAUUUGGAUAUAUGGUGAUGUAUGUAUGCCCCCUAUAUGUCCUGUAACCCAUACAUAUAAAUACAAGGAAACUAUGCAUAGCUUAUAUAUGGUUAUAGUCAUUUUUGCAAUUACUUUUAAUCAGCUCGUCCCAUGGUAAUUUGUAGUGGAUGGAUGUAGUCCAUCAACCUCCAAUUACCAGUGUUACCUUCAAUUUCAUACAAGUGCUCCUAGCAGAGUAGACACAUGGUCGAAUUCAUCACAUUAAAUAUGGAUUAACUGUGAUAACCAAAUACUUUUUUGUCUGUAAUUUUGUGUGUAAUUUUGAACAGUAUAUGUAUUAAUUUUAUAUUUUUAAACACAUACACACCAGUCAGCCAUAACAUUAAAAACACAUGCCUAAUAUUGUGUAGGGCCCCCUUGUGCCACCAAAACAGCUCGUCUUGGACCAGACUUGUUUGUACAGAACAUCUCCCAGAUGCUCUGGGGAAUUUGGAGGCCAAGUCAACACCUUGAACUCUCUCUCAUGUUCCUCAAACCAUUCCUGAACAAUUUUUGCAUUGUUGCAGGGCAUAUCUUCCUGCUGAAAGAGACCACAGCCAUUAGGAAUUACCAUUGCCAUUAAGGCGUGUCUACAACAAUGUUUAGAUAGGUGGUACAUGUCAAAGUAACAUCCACAUGAAUGCCAGGUCCCAACUUUUUCAGCAUUUUGUGCUACAGUAGCUCUUCUGUGGGAUCGGACCAGACGGGCUAGCCUUCGCUCCCCACGUGCAUCAGUGAGCCUUGGGCGCCCAUGACCCUGUCGCCAGUUGUCCUUCCAUGGACCACUUUUGGUAGGUAUUAACCACUGCAUACCAGGAACACUCUGCCGUUUUGGAGAUGCUCUGACCCAGUCAUCUAGCCAUCACAAUUUGGCCCUUGUCAAAGUUGCUCAGAUCCUUACGCUUGCCUAUGUUUCCUGCUUCCAGAACAUCAACUUCAAAAACUGACUCACUAGCAGCCUAAUAUAUCGCACCCCUUAACAGGUGCCAUUGUAACAAGAAAAUCAAUGUUAUUGACUUCACCUGUCAGUGGUUGUAAUAUUUGAGGCUGAUUGGUCAGGUCCAUAAGUAUUUGGACAGUGACACAAUUUUCAGAAUAUUGCCUCUGUACACCACCACAGUGGAUUUGAAAUGAAGCAAUCAAGAUGUGAUUAAAUUGUAGACUUUCAGCUUCAGUCCAAGGGGUUUAACAGAAAUAUUGCAUUAACUGUUUAGGAAUUACAUAGUCCCUCCAUUUUGACAGGCUCAAAAGUAAUUGGUCAAACUAACAUAAUUAUAAAUAUAAAGAUUAUUUUUACUACUUGGAUGCAAAUCCUUGGCAGUCAAUGACUGCCUGAAGUCUAAAAUACCUGGACAUCACUAAAUGUGGAGUUUCCUUCCUUGAGAUGUUUUGCCAGCCCUUUACUGCAGCUGCCUUCAGUUGCUGCUUGUUUGUGGGUCUUUCUGCCUUCAGUUGUGUCUUCAGCAAGUGAAAAGCAUGCUCAGUUGGGUUGAGGUCAGGUGACUGACCCGGCCAUUUGAGAACAUUUCAUUUCUUUACCUUAAAAAGUUCUUGGCUUGCUUUCGCGGUAUGUUUUGGGUCAUUAUCCAUCUGUACUGUGAAGUGCCAUCCUGUCAGUUUUUCAGAAUUUGACUGAAUCUGAGCAGAAAGUAUAGCUCUAUACACUUCAUAAUUCGUCCUACUACUUCUGUCAACAGUCACAUUAUCAAUAAACACCAGUGAUCCAGUUCCAUUGACAGCCGUACAUGCUCAUGCCAUAAAACUGCCUCCACAAUGUUUGACAGAUGAUGUAGUAUGCUUUGGACCACAAGCCCUUCCUUUCCUUCUCCAUACUCUUCUUUUCCCAUUUUUCUAGUACAAGUUAAUCUUUGUUUCAUCUGUCCAAAGAAACUUGUUUUAGCAUUGGGCACAAUUUUUUAAAUGAUUUCUAGCAAUGUCUAAUCUUGAUUUUCAGCUCUUGAGUGUUACCAGUGGUUGCAUCUUGAGGGUAAACCCUCUGUAUAUACAUUCAUGAAGGCAUCUCUUGAUUGUAGACUUUGACAAUGAUACACCUAUGUCCUUGAAAAUGCUCUUGUCUUGGCAAGAUGCUGUGAAGGGGUUUUUAUUCACCAAGGAAAGAAUUCUGCGAUCAUCCACUUUAGUUGUCUUCCAGGCCUUUUGGUGUUGCUGAGCUCGCCAGUGCAUUCCUUCUUUUUAUGAAUGUACCAAAUUGUUGAUUUGGCCACUCCUAAAGUUCCUGCUAUAUCUCUGAUAGAUCUGUUUUGUUUCUUUAGCCUAAUGAUGGCCUCAUUCACUUGCAUUAACACCUCUUUGGGCAGCAUAUUGAGGGAUGCAUGAACAGCUACCAAAUGCAAAUUCAAUGCUUGGAAUCAACUCCAGACUUUUUAUCUCCUUAAUUUGUCGUGAAAUAACAAGGAAACAGGCCAUGAAACUGGUUAUCUGUCAGUUACUUUUAAGCCUGUGAAAAUGGAGGGACUAUGUAAUAAAAGGCUGUAAUUCCUAAAUGGUUAAUGCACUAUUUUUGUUAAGCCCCCUGCAUUUAAGGUGAAAGUCUAUACUUUAAUCACAUACAUACAUAUAUAUAUAUAAAAUCACACCCACACAAACAUAAAAAUACUUCCCUCCGAAAGUAUUGGGGACCAUUUAGCAAACGACAUGAAUCCCAUUUUAAUUCCUGUUCAUAUUUUUGCUAGAAAACAGCGAUUCCACAGGAGUGCCUAUAUGAAUUAGAGGCUAGUAGCAGGUAAUACAGCACGCUUAAACAGUGAUUUUUUUUCCUUCAGCACAUCUUCUUUAUUCUUUUAAAAAGACACGUAUUAUUGAUUAUUUGUAUUAUUAUUACGUUGAACUUCGUAUGUCCUUUAAGUGAAUAUUUUUACUGGACAUUGUGUCUACCAGGAUCUUAAUUUGCUGUUCAUGCAGAGUUUUUACUGGCUAAAUACCAAUAUUUACUGGCUUAUGGAAACUCUGAUAUAUACACUCACUGUCCACUUUAACAGGAUCACCUGCACAUUCACGUAGUUAUCCAAUCAGCCAAUUAUGUGGCAACAGCACAUGUUCACAUUAAACAUUAUAGAAUGGGGAGAAAAUGUGAUCUCUGUGACAACCUGUGGCAUGGUUGUUGGUGCCAGAUGGGCUGGUUUGAAUAUUUCAGAAACCGCUGAUCUCCUGGGAAUUUUACACACAACAGUCUCUAGAGUUUACACAGAAUGGUGCAAAAAACCAAAAAACAUCCUGUGUGCAGAGGGUUGGCAGGCUGAAACACCUUGUUGAUGAGAGAGAUCAAAUGACAGCUGACAGGAAGUCUAUAGUAACUUAAAUAAGCACUCUUUACAACUGUGGUGAGCAGAAAAGCAUCCCAGCAUGUACAAAACAUCAAACCUUAAGGUGGAUGGGCUACAACAGCAGAAGACUACAUCAGGUUCCACUCCUGUAAGAACAAGAAUCUGAGGCUGUCAUGGGCACAGACUCACCGAAACUGGACAGUUGAAGACUAGAAAAAGACCAGGUGAUUUUUUUUUUUCUAAUCUUCAACUGUAUAUCACAAUGUAAUUAACAUACGUAUAGCCAAUUUUGUUUCUACUAUUCACUGAAGAUAUUUGGGUUUGAGAUCAAAAGAUGAAUAUAAGACAAUAGAUCAGAAUUUCAGCUUUCAUUCCCCGAUGUUUACAUCAAGAUGUGUUAAAGAACUUAGAGCAUGGCACCAUUGGUGGCAGACCACCCAGUUUUCUAGGUGAGCAAAAGUAUCAGAACAGAUAGUCUUAACGUAAACCACACUUAAUAUGGGGUUGCGUAUUACUUGCUUGCAAUAACCGCAUCAAGCCGGCAACCAACUGACAUCACCAGACUGUUGCAUUCUUCUUUUGUGAUGCUUUCCCAGGCUUGUACCGCAUCAUCUUUCAAUUGUUUUUUGUUUUUGACUCCUGUAGUCUUCUCUUCUUGCAUGUUUAAUUGGGUUAAGGUCUGGUGAUUGACUUGACCAGUCUAAAACCUUCCACUUUUUCCCUUGAUGAAAUCCUUUGUAAUGUUGGCAGUAUGAUCUGUGUAAUUGUGUUGGUGCAUGAUGAAGUUCCUCCCCAGACUGGAUGCAUUUCUGUAAAUUGGCAGACAGAAUGUUUCUGUAGACUUGUGAAUUCAUUCUUCUGCUACCAUCAUGAGUUACAUCAUCAAUAAAGAUUAGUGAGCUUGUUCCAGAAGCAUUUUUGCAAGCCUAAACCAUGACACUGUGCUUUACCGAUGAGCUUGUAUGUUUUGGAUCAUGAGCAGAUCAUUUCUUUCCCCACAAUUUGGCCUUUCCAUUACUUUGAUAGAGGUUAAUCUUGGUUCCCGAAUGUUUGUGGCUCAUCUCUGUAUUUCACUGCAAAUUCAAAUCUGACCUUCCAGUUCUUGCUGCUCAUGAGUGGAUUGCAUCUUGUUGUAUGGCUUCUAUAAUCUGCUCUCACAGUCACACUACCUUCAUCCCUGCUCUGUGGAGGUUGUUGAUGUCACUGACUGUUGUUCUUGGUUUUUUCUUCACAGCUGUCACAAUGUUUGUCAUCAACUGCUGUUGUUUUCCUUGGCCAACCUAUGUAUGUCACAAUGCAAUUAACAUACAUACGUUUUUAUUUGUUUGUUUUUGUUUUAAAUUUAUUUUAUAAAGCAGGGUAAUUUGUAUAUAUUGUAUGUGUAUCCAUUGCAAAAUUACUACUCUUAGUUAUAGAAGAGAUAAAGUACAGAAACUGAUUUUGCAAAGAAUGUAAACAAAGAACUGGCUUCCCAGGUUGUCAUAGAUAGAAAUUUUUAGUGAAAUUUCUAUUGGGGGAAAAAAAAUUCAUAUCUUCUAAAUGUUGAAGACUUGUUCCAAAAUAAGUAGUGCCAUAUUAUGCACCUUCUCAAGAGUAUACUACACCUCUCACUUUGGCAAGUUUAACUUAUUUUAAUUAAUUUUUAGUUAGAAAAAAAUUCAGUAGCUUCUGAACAGUCAAGAUAAUUGUUCCAGAACAAUUUGUGAAAUAAUGCGCACAUGUUCUAGAAUAGACUACAUUCUUUACUUUGGUGUACUUAACUAUUACUAAAUUUUAAUGAAAUUUUCUUCUUUUAUACAGUUGAAUUAACUGAUACAAAACAAAAUAUGGACCUUCUCUCAAAUAUAUUAUACCCUUUACUUUGGCAAGUUUAACUGGUAAUGAAUUUCUAAUGAUUUUUUAUUUGCAAAAAAUUUUAAUAUCUUCAAAAAGUGUUGAAUAUGUCCAUCUAAAACAGCUUGUAUAAUAUUAUGCACCUUCUCUAGAAUGUACUAUACUUUUUAAUUUGGCAAGUGUAACAGUUACUGAAUUACUGAAAGUUACUGAAUUUUUAUUUGGAAAAAAAUAUAAUAGCUUCUAAAUGGUUAAACAUAUUCAUGGAAAACUAUUUGUAUGACAUUAUGCACCUUCUCUAGAAUAUACUACACUUUAUUUUGACAAGUUUAAUUCUUGUCAAAUUUGUAUGUAAUUUUAUUUGAAACCAAAUUCAGCUAAUGAACCAUUAAACGUAUUCACGCAAAACACGCAGGUACAAUAUUAUGCACCUUCUGAAGAAUAUACAAUACUCUUUACUUUGGCAAGAACUGUAACCGAAUGAUUAUGAAAUUUUACUAGGAAAAAAAAAUUCAAUAUCUUCAAAACAGUUAAAUGUAUUUAACAGCAGUAAAGUUGUUUUUAUAUUGGACAUUCACUGCACAUUCUAGAUUCUCUCUUGUAUUCCUCAAGAAGUAAACACACAAAAUGUGUAUUUUUUAGUUUGGAGUGGACAGACAACCAAGUAUAGUAGAAUAUAUAUUUUUAAUUCUCUCUUGUUAAAGCCUGCUGAUGGUAAUUUUUCAGAAAUGCAGAUCACCAGCGCUUUAUCCACCUUUUUCCUACGCCCCAUGACGCUUUGUGCGAAUUAUGGGAGUAACUUCCGUUAAGACCUUUUUUGGGAAGCACUGCCAUAUGGCUCUCAGUAUAAUAGGCCUAGACUUGAGGACACUAAACACAUGGUUGGAGUCAUGGAAUGGCAAAAGGUCAUAGCUUCCUUUGGUGAAAACUAGCCUAGUAUGUUUCUGAAUCUAAAUCUCAUGACAUCAUGUAUCUAAUUUAAUCCAACUGCUGAAAUGUCCAAAUACCAGUGCAGUGAUAUGGUUAUAAUAGAACAGUGGCAUGCAGAGUCUUUCAUAGGGGCAGGUGUGAAAAAUGGAAAAAAGGGCACACGCACGCAUGCACCAGGGUGACAUUUCAAAUAUAUGGGGUACAGCCCCCAAAGAGAAUAUGAAAUAUGCAGACACAGACCGCUCACCGAUUUCUUUUUUUUUUUUUUUUUUUAAACAAUUAAUUUUUUAAUUAAUAUCACAUGCCAGUGGAACAGAAAGUGGAAUAUGGCUUUGUGAAUAAAGUUGUAAAGUAAACACUGUCUUGAUAUUCAUGAUACACGUUUAUUUUAAGUGUAACUUCAAAAUCAAGUUCCUCUCACAAAGUGCAUGCCAAUGUCCUACACACACACACACACACACACACACACACACACACACACUAGGGCACUCCUGAUAAAACACUCUUGCUUAAAAGACAUUUAAAAGGGCACCAUCUGUUCCACCUAUACCUACUACAAACGCAUGCAUAUACGCUCUUCAGUAACUUAAGUUGCAAAAAUGACGUGUGAAAAUGUCCCAGUCUGAGGGGCUCAUGUGUGCUUCAUCAUCCUUGGUAUGUGUCUUGUGGCAAAAACAAAGUGGACCGAUUAUUUUCCUGCCACUUUAAUUUUCACUUGCACUUUUUUGGAAAUUAAUCUGAAUGAGGCACUUUGAGCACGCCACUGCAAUAAAAUAAUACAAAGUGUACAUUUUCACAGUGGUAAUCAGUGCAGAUAAAGGCUGUACAGUAUGUUCUAAUCACUUAAAGAUUCAAUUAUCAUAUGGUCUUGGAUAACUAGGCCAGCUGCACUGAACAUCUACUUCUCUGACAACUUUCCAAAUGAUUUCUUGAUGAGUUGAACUUGAAUUAAAUUGCACUUUUUUUUUUAAUCCUGUUUAGCGAGAGACUUGUGUGAAAAUCGGAUUGCAAUUAAAAGAAAAAAGAAUAACAUAUAAUCCUGGGUCAAGAGUUGAAUUUCCCAGCAGUUGAGACACAACUAAUUGUACUUCAAAGACCAUUGUUUGUAAAUAUGCUUUGUUACAGUCUGAGUGAGAAUAUAAGUUAAACAGUUCAGUCUCUUUACUGUAAUUGCCAGUCAGAAGACACAAAAGCAGUCAACAGACUUGAAAAUGGAAGCAAAGAUAGUGCCAAGAAACUGAGAGUGAAAAAUUUUAGGCACCAUAGACACAACACCAAGGAACACAGUAUUCAGUGGCAGUGUUGGAGAGAAAACUGCCAAGCAAAACUGGUCACAAACUGCUUUGAUGUAAAGGAGGACCAUCCCAAUAUUCAAAUUCUUGAGGUCUGUGAACAUAUGCACCCACCUGAUAUGCAAAUGGUGAACAAGGCUGAAUUUCACCAAGCAGUUACUGAAGAGGUGAGGAGGGAACCCACAGUACCCAUACGACGAAUUUUCAAUGCUGAGCAUGUACAACUGUGCCAUCAGAACCAGGGUGGAGGUGACAGACCACCUGUGCCAAGCUUUCUGUCAGUUAGAUCUGUUAUGCACAGAGGCAGAGCUGCGGUAAUGCCUCCCAUCCCAGCUACAAUUGAUGAUGUAAGGAUUGCAGGCCAGUGGGCUGAGACAUGGGGCCAAGACCACUUCCUCUUGCAUCAAGACAAUGAGUGGGGCAUAGCAGCAUUUGCCACAGAGGAUAUCAUAAGACAGCUGCAACGCUGUAGAACACUGUACAUGGAUGCAACAUUCAAGUCAUGCACAUGCCCCUACAGCCAAGUGUUCACAAUACUGGGGGACAUUCAUGGCUAUGUUGGCCCCCUUGUACAUGCCCCAAUGGAGCACCGUACAAUUGAACAGUACCAGCAAGUGUUCCAGUCUGUCCAAACAGGGAGACCCCCCCACCACCACUGGCAUGAUCAUAAAGUCAUCUGUGAUUUUGAAAAUGCACUGUGAUUGUGAUUUUGUAAAUGAGUUGCCACAAACCAGAAUUGGAGGAUGCUACUUUUAUUUUAAUCAAGCCUUGUGGAAGAGGGUGCAGCAAAUUGGAUUGGCUGUUCCAUUCUGGAAUAACCAUCAACUGGCAGCAGUCAUCCACCAGGUGAUGGCCUUAGGAUGAUGCUGUCCAAGUGGGCCAUCCCUCACUUUGGAUGUUUAUACGCCAUGUGAAAGAUCAGCAAACACUUGCAGAGGAAAAGCUGAUGAUGGCAGACAGAGGUGACACUCUUCCACCAAGGAGACAGAAGUGGAGGGAAUUGGAGGCCCAACUAGCCAGAUUAAAAAUACAGUAAAUUUCAAGUAUGGAUGAAGGAUGGAUUUUAAACUAACGUAUGCUGUUAUUCAUUUAAAUGUGUAUUUGUUUAAAGUUAAAAGGUAAUAAAGUUAAUAGGACCCUGGGAAAAUGAGUCCUGGCUACAUAAAACCUUUUGAAAAGUUUCCUUAAUGUGAACAAAACAUUGAACUGGGGAACACAGGACCUCGUGUUCAUUAUGUGCCAUAUAAAUGUGGGGAACGUAGGACCCUGGGAACAUAGGAAAGUCUUUUCCAAAUUGAGAACUAUAUACAGUCACAAGAAUUGUUCUUUACACAGAAUCUGAGCCAGUGUCACUGACCAUAAUUAUGUCAGCAUCACUUGGCCAUUGAGUGGAGUUUGGCUUCCUCCUCCUCCUCUUAUUUGCAGAAAGCCAGCGUUUGACACAUAGUUCAGGAUCAAACUGUUCAUGUGAUGGGCCCUCUAUGCUGAUCCUGAUUAAGUCUUCCAAGGUUGACACAUGGAGUGAAUUGCGUACUUUUGAUUUUAUUCUGUUUUGAGCCAAGUUCACACUGAGCAACCGAUAACUGAACUAGAUAAAAAACAUUCUGGAAAUCUGAGCAGUAGGGCUCUUUUGUCAGUAGGACUUCCCACAUACUGCAAUAGGAUUUAUCUGAAAACUGUCCUUUUACAUUAGUUUUCAGCAAUCUCCAUUCUGCCUGUAGAGCACUGAUGUCACAUCCAGUUUUCAGCAAGAUGCCUUGAUAUCAUUUUAGCAGCUUGUCAAUUUCAUCUUCUGCAGAAGUGUGAAUGUCUUCUUAAGCAUGGGCACUUUGAGCAUGGUCAUCGCUUUAAAUGUAUUCAUCCUGGCUGCCCUGGUGUUUUCAAAAUUGGAAUUCACUUUUGGCACAUUUGUCUAGGAAUCACACUAAUACCUCUAGGCAACCUGAGACUGGUUUCAUUUUCUUGUGAUUUAUGUUCUUUCUGUGAACUUGGGGCAGAACGGGACUACUUUCUAGACAUAGGUCAUCAUCUCAGAAAUAACGAGACCUGUAUGUUCAAAGGCUGUGACUGUUCAAAGGCUGUUUCAAGUCUCACAAAAGUCACAAACAUAAGCUACAUUCCUUGGAGGAUUUUAAAGAUGGUGUAGUUCAAGGCAGUGUAAAUGAUUCCAUUGAACAUGGAAGUGCAGUUGGACCUGAGCCAGGUAAUCCAACGGACUCUUCUGACGCUACAUAUGUGAAUGCAGAUAUUCCAGAUGAUCAGGCACAUGUAGUAGAGCAAAAAUUAGCUGCAGUGUUACUAAAACUGGAAAAUAUUUGUCACGUUCCAAGUGCUGCAGUUAGUGAAUUGCUGGAAAAGCUCCAUUAUUUGUUGUGCACUGCUUCCCUUUGUAAUACAAAAACUGUGAUACACAAGAUACUGAAUAGACAUAAUUUGCAUAUUGACCAGUCAGUCACUGAAGAACUUGCAUCUGCUGUCUGUAUCAACAAUCCAGUGUCUAAUGCAAUUGGUAAAGGUAGUCCACUUCGCACAUCAUUUAAAC